AAGAUUAUUUUAAUAUAUUAAUAAUUAUUAAUUAGUUCAUUUGAAUAACUUAUUUGCCAGCUUUUGAAUUUGUCGUUACUUUUUUAAGCUGAGUAUCGAUAUCUCAGGCAAUUCAUCGUGAGUGUUGCAGCCCUGUCUAUCGAUAGUAAUUUAGACAUGCAGCUCUCGCAGUAAUAAUUUUAGAAUUUAUUUGUAAUUUUCGUAGAGUCCUCCGAACAAAUACACAUUAGUUUUAGAUUUGUAGGUUUUAGCUAUGUUUAAGAAGUGAAGCGGCCCGGUAGCUGGAUUAACCGCGGUCUGGUUAGCAGCAACUCUCUUUGUUGGCGGCGGAUUACACAGGCAUCGAUUUUUAUUCGAAGCGAAUGUUGUGGAAUUUCCCACAUUCCCACUUACCACAAUAAAACCAUAGCUGCUCGUUGUCUGAGCUCGACAGUACUUGGAGCGGAGCCAUGAAGGACGGCGGUCACAUAACACUCACACUCUCGACGGGCUCUGUUGACGAGCGGGGCAGGAAGAGCUUGCGGCGGGCUUGGAAUCAGUUGCCGCGUUGUCAGCGUAACCUCAUUAUAUUGGGCAUAACGGCCUUCUGUGUGACGGUGCUUCUAUGCCUCAGUGGCGAUCAGCUGAUUGCCUCCAGUCUCAAGGACUCGGAAGAGAAGCUACCCAUGGUGGCGCCUUAUCACAUGCGACAACAGAACCCACACCAUCACCCCUCAAACGACAAGGAUCGAGCCGAAGUCACGCCUGCUCCUCCGGCUUUGGUUUCGGAAGAUAAGCAAGCGCCGCGUCGGGAGUCGGAAAAUGAUAAGUUUAAUGAGGCGUACGCCGAAGUGAACUCUGCUGAGAACGUCGUCCGGCUGCCGGAAACGGUGGCAGCCGUCCUUCCACAAGCUGUGGCCUUGCCGGCACCCGAUAAUACCAAGAAUCAGGAUAUGGGUGGGAUUGAUAUUUUGAACAAUGUAGAGGAACCCUUUGAGCAGCAGCCAAGUGAUCCGCUGGGCGAAACUGAGCAGCUGGACCUGGCUAUUAAGAAUCCGCUUCACCUUGGAGGUGUUAGUUUCAAGGAGCAUCUGCAUAAGAUUCGUCCUCUCCUGGCGAAGGGUCAGCACUUCCAUGGAGCUUCCAACGAGCGACAAUCGGCGGUGGUAGCCGCCUUCAAGCACUCCUGGGCCGGCUACAAGAAGUACGCCUGGGGCCAUGACAACCUGAAACCCAUCUCGCAAUACUCUCAUGAGUGGUUUGGCCUGGGCCUGAGCAUUGUUGAUUCUUUAGAUACCAUGUAUAUAAUGGGACUGGAUGAUGAGUUCAAAGAGGCCCGCGAUUGGGUGGAGAAUUCGUUGCGCUUUGAUACCAAGCGUGAUGUGAAUCUCUUCGAGGUAACCAUUCGAGUGCUGGGUGGACUUCUGGCUGCCUAUCAUCUAAGUGGGGACACUAUGUUCCUGGCCAAGGCUUCGGAGUUGGGCAAUCGCUUGUUGCCUGCCUUCUCUUCGCCCUCCGGGAUUCCAUACUCGGAUGUCAAUCUCGGCGACCUUUCAGCCCACUCACCCAAGUGGUCGCCCGAUAGUUCCACCAGCGAGGUGACCACCAUUCAGCUGGAAUUCCGUGAUUUAAGUCGCUCCACAAACGUUUCAAUAUACGAACAAGUCGCCCACAAGGUAAACGAAAAAGUGCAUGAGCUCGAUAAAAAACACGGACUAGUGCCCAUAUUCAUCAAUGCUAAUACUGGGACAUUCCGCAACUAUGCAACUAUUUCUCUGGGAGCGCGUGGUGACUCUUACUACGAGUAUCUACUGAAGCAGUGGGUGCAGACCGGCCGCAAAGAUAAUGACAUCCUUAUCUUGGAUUACAUGCAAGCUAUUGACGGAGUGCUAACCGAGCUGAUGCGUCGCACUCCGCGCGAGCACUGGGUCUAUAUUGGCGAACUCAUUAACGGCAAAGACUUCAAGCCAAAAAUGGAUCAUCUCACGUGUUACCUGCCUGGAACUUUGUUGCUGGGUCACCAGAACGGCAUGCCGGACUCGCAUCUGAUACUCGCCAGGGACUUGAUGGACACUUGCUACCAAACGUACAUGAUGAAUCCCACCCAUUUGGCGGCAGAAAUUUCCUACUUCGCCCUCACCGAAAAGGACGAUCAGGAUAUUUAUGUGAAGCCGAAUGAUGCCCACAACCUGUUGCGGCCGGAGUUCAUAGAGAGUCUGUAUUACUUCUAUGCCCUGACGGGAAAUCGCACAUACCAGGAUAUGGGCUGGACCAUCUUCCAGGCAUUUGAGACCCACACCAAGGUCAAUGCUGGUUACACCUCGCUGGGCAACGUUAAAAACGCUCAAAACACACGCAUGCGUGAUCUGAUGGAAAGUUUCUGGCUAAGCGAAACACUUAAGUACUUCUACUUGCUGUUCAGCGACAACCGCAAGGAAAUCGACCUGGAGCAAUGGGUUUUCAACUCGGAGGGCCAUCCACUGCCGGUCUAUUCGCUCAAGACUUAACUAGCUUAAAAUCGACUCGAACACGAAGUCGGCUCAACCUAGUUGGGCAAAUGGAAACAAUGCUGUCGGCGAAUCUAGGCUGCAACAAUCGUUUUACUCGUACUUGUACUUUAGCGCAAAUGCCAAAUACUAAGCUUAGGGUUAGGCUAAGCUCAGUUGGCCAAUCGAAUGAAGCAAUGCCCAACCUUGGGAUGGGUCGAUUUGAAUAAGUUUUAAUUCGUUUUAAGGGGUUCUAUUGAAUGUUUCUUAUGUCAUUAUUGACCUCAUUCUCCCUAAAAAAAAGCUUUAAGCUCGAUUUCUAUUCUAAGUUGUCCCAACUAACUAACUCACCUAACCCCAUCCAAAUUUGUAGUGUACAUUUUCUCCGAUAAUCGACCCAUUCUACGGAUUAUGUGAACACAAUUUGAAUGCCAACGAGAAUGGUUGGCUGUAAAAUACCUUGCGAACUGAUAACUUAUACUUUUUAAUAAUUUAUUUUCUACUAUAAGCACAUACUUUAAAUUGAUAUUGGGCCAUUGCUAACACAUCUCAUUAGCCGCUAGCAUUAAUAGAGCCAAUCAUCAGGUUUUAUCCUCGUAGUUGAAUGUGUAUGUUUGUGUUAGAAAGAUAUUAAUUAGGAACUCAGUUGCACUCGGCACAAAGUUGAUUUGUGUGAGGUACGAAAUGAAUCUCAAAUUGGUAGGAAAUGCAUUUCUUGCAUUUUCAAUACCAAUUUAAAAAUAAAAAACCGGUGUAUGCAAACCUACAACCUGCAUAGUGAAGAACAAAAGAAGAGCCGAUAAUAAAAUUCAAAUAGUUUUUAAAA